UACAGUAUAUGCAUGUACUCGGUGGAAGGAUGUCGGGCUCUUAACGUUUGAUUCACCUUCAGAAUUUUGUUUUGCUCUGCAUCAAGAUGUCGUUUCCGGAUUCUAUAUCAAGCAAACUGGAAACCUUAAAGUCAGAACUAACAGAUUUACGUCGUCAAGACGUAGACUUGAUGAAACAGUUGAUUGCAAUCAGCGAGACGAUACAGAAGAUGAGCAAAGCAAGGUUUCCACCAGACAAUCACGUGAUCUCACGAACAUUCGUCACCAACAUUAACGGAAGGAAAGGCUGCAUAGGUGUAAAUAUAGUUCCUCCGGAGACCCUGACCAGUUCCGACGCUCCUUUACUUCGGCGCCAGAGCGCCCCGACGUUCAAGUACAUGAACACCCCUCAACACCUGAGUAGCACGUCUCUUUCUAGUGUUGAAGAUUCCUAUACAUCAGAUGAUGAAUUUGGAACUUUGGUUAACUCAAUCAGUGAUAUUAACCACCUGCCCAGAAAUUCAAAAUUUUUGGUUCCUGAAAAACAGUACUUGUCGACACGGAGGUUUUCCGAUAUAGUGACAAAAUAUCCUAACAGCUUUGUUUUCAGAGACGGAUCAAAUGAUUCGGAAUAUGAGGAAAUCCUACUGCGGAAUAUCAAAAUCUGGAAGGAGGAACAGUUAGAGAAUGAUUCUGUGUUUGUCUGAAGACGUCUAGAAAUGUUGGAGUUGUAGCAGCCGUUUACAAAUUCAGGGAUAAGAAAUAAAUUAUUCGCACGACAUAGGUUUUUGACAUGUAGCCUCUGCCAAAGCAAUGUCCAAACCGGGAUGUACAGAAAGACAAAAUAGCACAAACUAGCCACUAUGUCUUGAAAGUUUGCUGAAGAUAUGUAUACCGGUAUGUAAAUACAUCCAAACCAAUCUUGCCCCGAAUAUUUCAUGCAAAAACUCCACGUGUCAUCAAAUACGCAAGGAAUCGGCAAAUAUGUUUCAGUGCACAUCAUAUGUUGUGGUGUAAGCGAAGAAAAAGUGGCGUCUUCUGUUGAGUGCAACUGAUGAGGUUGCUCACCAAACAAUUACUCAACCGGAAAAUGAUGCCCAUCUCCUUUGUUUUACAAACAGCAACGGAGAAUGUUUUAUUACAUAUAUAAUCGUAACAAACAACCAAAUAAACACAAUCAACAGUCAUGUAAUUUCGAAAACGAGUAUGGAACUAGUAUGCGGUGAAAUUUAUAUUUGUUUUGGUUCUUAAAAAGUGUAUCAAUAUCUAUACGGGCAGCUUCUGAGAUAUAAAGAAAAGAUGUACAAAAACGACCAAACAAUAUUUCCCAGAGACUUGGUCGAUUAAUUGCAUCAUACAUCUAAUGUUUCAAAAUAGAAAGAAAUAACCAUUCCCUGCAUUGUAUGAAAUAUUAAAAUAAUGUGAACAAUU